CGCUUUUUGGAAUACCCCCGAUCCACACUCCAAUUCAGUUAGUGGCGGUAAUGCAUCGAUAAGCUUGGUCUGCCAACUGCCAAUGAACACAAAGAAGAAGAAGUAAAACGAAGAAGAAGAUUAACAGCUGUAAAAGAAUGGCAGAGGGGGAAGACGAUUAUAUGUCUGAAGCUUUUCUUAACCCAUUAUUAGAUGUUCGGCCAGGUGUGCCAAUGUUGAAACGUGUAAAGACGGUUUUGAGAAAGGAGACAAAAGCAGCAAUUACUCAGAGUCAUCAGAAAAGCUACAAAGAACAGGAGCAGGAAAGACGAGAUGCAGCUCUGCAAACUUCUAUAAGCAGAGAAAAUAAAGGGUUUGCACUGCUGCAGAAGAUGGGGUACAAUGCAGGACAAGGCCUGGGUAAAGAAGGAACUGGGUGUGUUGAACCGAUUCCUCUUAAUAUUAAAACUGACAGGGGGGGCAUUGGAUUGGAAGAAUUCAAGAAAAGGAAAGCAGAAGAGGAAUUACAAAGUUAUCAGACAAAGGUGCAGUUGCAACAACAAAUGGAGAAAAGGGUUUUUAAUGACUUUAGGGAGCGCAAAAAAACUGAAAGAGAGAAGCAUCAUAUUGAAGUUGACCUGAGAAAAAGCCAAUUGGCCUGUGAACAUCUGGACAGCCAGAAGGGUAUAAUUGUUCCAGGGAACAGUUGGCAUUGGCCUGAAGUAGAUACGAAUGAGCCCAGCAUUGAUAUAUGUGAACAGGAAAAGGAGGAAUUGACGGCAUUGAUGAAGCUGCAGUUUUUGACAUCUUACUUAAGGGGUGUGCAUUUCUACUGCAUAUGGUGCGGAACAGCAUAUAGUAAUGAUGAGGAUUUACAGACUAAUUGCCCUGGUGAAACAGCAACAGAUCAUGAUGACUAAAUCAACUAUUAAUAGCCAUUUUGUCUACCCCUUUUCUUGUUACAUGAGGCCUUUUUUCAUAUAUUUUUUAACAUUUAAAUUCUGUUGAGUUGAAGGUAGUUCAGUCAAUAUAUCUGAUUAAUGAUUCUGCUUUUCUGCCUUUAAGAAAAAUAAACUUCUUUCUCAUCUGUUUAAUAGACCAACUGACAUUUAA